CACUGAUCACAAGCUUCACUCUGUUUAUUCUGCAAUUUGAGGUUCUGUCAUUUCAUAAAAUCAAUAAAUUAAACUUGCAAUUAGAAAAGAUUUUAUUAGGAAUAUGUAAAUAAAUCAAGAAUAAUAUUUAGUUGAUUAUCCUAUUAGAGGUUAUAUCAUAACCUAUGAUUUUGUUUUCGUAUUUAGAAGAAUAUUUUUAAAGUAAAUAUUAAUAACAUCGUGAAAAUGAAGUGCGUAAUAAUUUUCGAUCAUACAAACGAUGUGAUAUACUCAAAAUACGAUGAGAAAUUCAUUGAGCAUGUUAAAAUAUUCGCAAGAAACCAGGGAUUGAUUACGGGAGAAGAGUCGGAGAUAUGCGCCAAUGUCCUUGUACAAAUUUUCUCCCCCAUUGUAACGUCUCAUCGGAUCAUGAAUUGCCAGUUUGGGAAUUCGUACACAUCAAUUCAGUGCCAAAAGGAUAUUAAUUUAACUUUUGAGGAUUAUAUGGGAUAUUUAUUUAUGUAUGUUUCAAAUGAUAAUUCAUUUACUAUGGCGAAAUAUUUGAGUGUUUGUGUUACGUUGGCACGAUAUGUUUGCGGCCCAAAUAUAUUGAUAUUAAAAACAGAUGAAAAUAAAGCGAAUCUUAUGACUCGUUUAAUCGAUACUUGGAAUUAUUUAACGUUGAAUGAUCAAGCGAUAUUUAUCGAGGCAAUUGAGCAGCUUUUGGUUAAUGUUGAUUUAACAAAAACUACCGUUCAGAUUUUGCGUGAAUCGGUGGAUAAAUUACAAAAUUUGACUGAGUAUACAAAAAUUCAUGGAUUGUUGAUGGUUAAUAACAAAUUUUUGGGGUUAUAUUCAACGCAAAAAGCAAAAGAUUUAUCAUCAGCAGAUAUAUUAUUUUCAAUCCUACUUUGCGAAAUCAAUAAAAACGAGCCCAAAGACAACUCUGAGAUUUUAAAUAAUUCAUCUCAUGAAAUUUUAUUAUCUGGAAACGAUCAAACUCCUAAAUGUAUCCCAUACAACAUUUAUAUCCGUGAAAUAUGCGAAAACAUCAACUUAGUGUUUUUUAUUGAAACUGGAAGUGCGGUUGUUUCCGGUACUUUAUAUGAUGCAUUCUCAAAUUUACACUCCAUGCAAUUGGUUCAAAUACAAAGAAAUGUUUCAACGUUAAAACCAGCCUUUGAAAAUUUGGAUAAUUCGAUUAAAAAGCUAUUCGAAGCGAUUAAAAAGUUAAAAAACGUCUCGUUAAAAGGUUGUAUUGAAAAUUUGGGUGGUGUUUGGGAGUUUAUGCGAAAAAAAUACCAAGAAUUUAUUAAAAAUCGAUCGCCAGAAGCUUUAUUAAGGGCGGAAUCUUUAACGUGUGGUUUAUUGGAUGGUUUAAAAGAAUUAUUGGUUUUAAUAACGAUCAAUGGAACAGUGUUAUUAAAUGAUACAGUUUUUUUGGAGCAUUUAGGUGAAUGUACUAAUUGGGUUUGUGAGAAAUUAUCGAGUUAUGAAGACUUUUUGAAAGUAAAAUCGUUAAAAAAUUUUACGUUAGGAUCAAAUACUUCUUCCCUAACUAUACAUAAGUACUUGGAAGAAUUUCCAGGACUUGUUCACUUCAUUUAUGUGGAUCGAACAAACCAUCGUAUUACAGCGCCCGGAAUUGAUUUUAAUACGGAAGAAAUUGUGGUACUCACAAGAAAUAAGAUAUGGUCAAUGAUUAAAUUCGCCCAACUGCACCUUAAUGAAGGUCACACUUCGAUCAUUUGGAAGGAUAUGACUUUUAGUUAUGCUUAUUUCUUGUGGUUUGAAGACGUUUCCGGAUCUCCUUUGAAACCUACAGUUUCCCCGAUGCAUUUUAAUAGAUCGUUACCAAUUCCUGGCACUUUUUGUGAUGAUUAUUAUCGACAUUUAAAGGAGGCUUGUUUUCCAAAAAUGCCGCCACAAAAAAUACGGUGUUACGAGUUGUACACGAUCCAUUUGGGACUUGUCACCACUCAAUGCGUUUUGGAACAUACCAGACGGUUGUCUGCUACCAUAUGGGAAUUAAAAGGUCAUCCAGAUCAUCCUAUUGAUUUAUUAUAGAUUAGUUUUAUUUAUUACACCUGUCAAUGUCAUGCAAAUUAAUUUGAAAAUAUGGUAAAACUAAAUUCCCUGUUCAUGUUACCAAUUGUAAAAUAAUUUGACAGGUGUUGUAGAAGUAAAUGGUGUAUUUAUUGAAAAUGUUAGAUAAAUAAGUAUUUAUUGGUAAAGGAGAUUAAUAAAUAGGAAUAUAAACAA